AGAUCUGACAGAAACAUCCUUGGAUCUUGGUGUCUGGACAUAGAAGUUAUCUUUAAUUGUUCUGAAGCACACGACCUUUCUAACCACUGUAGAUAUGGACAAAGAAGAAAGAAAGAUUAUCAACCAGGGUCAGGAAGAUGAAAUGGAGAUUUAUGGCUAUAAUUUGUGUCGCUGGAAGCUUGCCAUCGUUUCUCUUGGAGUGGUGUGUACCGGCGGCUUUCUUCUCCUGCUCCUCUAUUGGAUGCCCGAGUGGCGGGUGAAGGUGACCUGUGUGAGAGCUGCAAUCAAAGACUGUGAAGUGGUGCUGCUGAGGACUACUGAUGAAUUCAGAACGUGGUUUUGUGCAAAAAUUCGCUUCCUUUCUCUAGAAACUCCCCCAUUUUCAAGUUCAAAAUCUCUGGUUAAUAAAGUUUCAAAUGGCCAUGCAGUUCACUUAACUGAAAAUCUGGCUGAAGAGAAUAGGCUUGAGAUGAAUAAAUACUCACAGCCUCAAUCACAACAGAUUCGCUAUUUCACCCACCAUAGUAUGAAAUACUUCUGGAAUGAUACCCUUCACAAUUUUGAUUUCUUAAAGGGACUGGAUGAAGGUGUUUCUUGUACGUCAAUUUAUGAAAAGCAUAGUGCAGGACUGACAAAGGGGAUGCAUGCCUACAGAAAAUUGCUUUAUGGAGUAAAUGAAAUUGCUGUGAAAGUGCCUUCAGUUUUUAAGCUCCUGGUUAAAGAGGUUCUCAACCCAUUUUACAUUUUCCAGUUGUUCAGUGUUAUACUCUGGUGCACAGAUGAAUACUAUUACUAUGCUAUAGCCAUUGUGAUUAUGUCUGUAGUAUCAAUUAUAAGCUCCCUGUAUGCCAUUAGAAAGCAAUAUAUUAUGUUACAUGACAUGGUGGCGGCUCACAGUACUGUGAGAGUUUCAGUUUGCAGAGUAAAUGAAGAAAUAGAAGAAAUCUUUUCUACAGACCUUGUGCCAGGAGAUGUCAUGGUCAUUCCAUUAAAUGGGACAGUCAUGCCUUGUGAUGCAGUGCUUAUUAAUGGUACUUGCAUUGUAAAUGAAAGCAUGUUAACAGGAGAAAGUGUUCCAGUGACAAAAACUAAUUUGCCAAAUCCUUCGGUGGACAUGAAAGGAACGAGAGAUGAAUUAUAUAGUCCAGAAACACAUAGACGACAUACUUUGUUUUGUGGGACAACUGUUAUUCAGACUCGUUUCUACACUGGAGAACUUGUCAAAGCCAUAGUAGUUAGAACAGGAUUUAAUACUUCCAAAGGACAGCUUGUUCGCUCCAUAUUGUAUCCCAAACCAACUGAUUUUAAACUCUACAGAGAUGCCUACUUAUUUCUACUGUGUCUAGUGGGUGUGGCUGCAAUUGGGUUUAUCUACACUAUUAUCAAUAACAUUUUAAAUGAGGUUGAAGUUGGGGAUAUAAUCAUCGAGUCUCUCGAUAUCAUUACAAUCACUGUGCCGCCUGCGCUUCCUGCUGCAAUGACCGCUGGCAUUGUGUAUGCCCAAAGAAGACUGAAGAAAGUGGGGAUUUUCUGCAUCAGUCCCCAGAGGAUCAACAUCUGUGGACAGCUGAAUCUUAUUUGCUUUGACAAGACUGGAACCCUUACUGAAGAUGGUUUAGAUCUUUGGGGGAUUCAACGAGUGGAGAAUGCACGUUUUCUUUUGCCAGAAGAAAAGGUUUGCAGUGAGAUGUUGGUAAAGUCUCAGUUUGUUGCUUGUAUGGCUACUUGUCAUUCACUUACAAAAAUUGAAGGAGUGCUUUCUGGAGAUCCACUUGAUUUGAAAAUGUUUGAAGCCAUCGGAUGGAUUCUGGAAGAAGCAACUGAAGAAGAAACAGCACUUCAUAAUCGAAUUAUGCCAACUGUGGUUCGUCCUCCAAAACAGUUGCUUCCUGAAUCUGCACCUGCAGGAAACCAAGAAAUGGAGCUGUUUGAACUUCCAGCUGUUUAUGAGAUAGGAAUUGUUCGCCAGUUCCCAUUUUCCUCUGCUUUGCAACGUAUGUGUGUGGUGGCCAGGGUGCUCGGGGACAGAAAGAUGGAUGCCUACAUGAAAGGGGCACCAGAAGUCAUUGCUGGUCUUUGUAAGCCUGAAACUGUUCCUGGUGAUUUUGAAAAAGUUUUGGAAGAUUACACCAAACAGGGCUUCCGUGUGAUUGCUCUUGCACACAGAAAAUUGGAGUCAAAACUGACAUGGCACAAAGUGCAGAAUGUUGGCAGAGAUGCCAUUGAGAACAACAUGGAUUUUAUGGGAUUAAUAAUAAUGCAGAACAAAUUAAAGCGAGAAACCCCUGCAGUACUUGAAGAUUUGCAUAAAGCCAACAUUCGCACCGUCAUGGUCACAGGUGACAACAUGUUGACUGCCGUCUCUGUAGCCAGAGACUGUGGAAUGAUACUACCUCAGGAUAAAGUUAUUAUUGCUGAAGCAUUACCUCCAAAGGAUGGGAAAGUUGCCAAGAUAAACUGGCAUUAUGCAGACACCAUAACACAGAGUAAUGAUUCAUCAGCAAUUGACCCGGAGGCUAUUCCAAUUAAAUUGGUCCAUGAUAACUUAGAGGAUCUUCAGGUGACUCGUUAUCACUUUGCAAUGAAUGGAAAAUCAUUUUCAGUGAUUUUGGAGCAUUUUCAAGACCUUGUUCCUAAGUUGAUGCUGCAUGGCACUGUGUUUGCUCGUAUGGCACCUGAUCAGAAGACCCAGUUAGUAGAAGCAUUGCAAAAUGUAGAUUACUAUGUUGGGAUGUGCGGUGACGGCGCAAAUGAUUGUGGUGCUCUGAAGAGGGCACAUGGAGGCAUUUCCUUAUCAGAGCUCGAGGCUUCAGUGGCAUCUCCCUUUACCUCCAAAACUCCUAGUAUUUCCUGUGUGCCAAACCUUAUCAGGGAAGGCCGUGCAGCUUUAAUGACUUCCUUCUGUGUAUUUAAAUUUAUGGCUUUGUACAGCAUUAUACAGUACUUCAGUGUUACUCUGCUGUAUUCUAUCUUAAGUAACCUGGGAGACUUCCAAUUUCUCUUCAUUGAUCUGGCAAUCAUUUUGGUAGUAGUUUUUACAAUGAGUUUAAAUCCUGCCUGGAAGGAACUUGUGGCACAAAGACCACCUUCAGGUCUUAUAUCUGGAGCCCUUCUCUUCUCCGUUUUGUCUCAGAUUAUCAUUUCCAUUGGCUUUCAGUCUUUGGGUUUCUUUUGGGUCAAGCAACAGACUUGGUAUAAAGAGUCACAUCCAUAUUCAUAUGCUUUUAAUACAACAGGAAGCCCAGACGGGAAUUCUUCGCAUUUGAAUGAUGAAACCAAUCCUGAUAAACAUAACAUAGAAAAUUAUGAAAAUACCACAGUAUUUUUUAUCUCCAGUUUUCAGUACCUCAUAGUGGCAAUUGCCUUUUCAAAAGGAAAACCCUUCAGGCAACCUUGCUACAAGAAUUAUUUUUUUGUCGUAUCUGUGAUUAUGUUGUAUGCUUUCAUAUUAUUCAUCAUGUUGCAUCCAGUUGACUCUAUUGACCAGGUUCUUCAGAUAGUGUGUGUACCAUAUCAGUGGCGUAUUACUAUGCUCAUCAUCGUUCUUGUCAAUGCCUUUGUUUCAAUUGCAGUAGAGAAUUUCUUCCUUGACAUGGUCCUUUGGAAAGUUGUGUUCAGUCGAGACAAACAAGGAGAAUGUCGCUUCACCACCACACAGCCACCACAGGAGUCACUGGAUUGGUGGGGGAAAUGCUGCUUGUCUUGGGCCCUGAACUGUAGGAAGAAGAUGCCAAAGGCCAAGUACAUGUAUCUGGCUCAGGAGCUCUUGGUUGACCCGGAAUGGCCACCAAAACCUCAAACAACAACAGAAGCUAAAGCUUUAGUAAAGGAGAAUGGGUCAUGUCAGAUCAUCACCAUAACCUAGCAGUGAAUCAGUCUCAGUGGUAUUCUAGUAGCAGUACUAAGGAGAGUGUGAAUGUAGGACUUUAUCUGAUCCUGUGCGUCACAAUGGCACCCUUUCAGUUUGUCCCCCUUCCAAUAUAGUA